CAAUCGUUGUAUAUCUCGUUAUGUAAUUUAGCUUCGUAUAAAAUUUUACGUGCUGAAAAGAAGACACCGCCGCUUUUCUUGUUCUGCAGCUUAUGAAUGAAAAUCUAGUUACAGCCAUCGCCACAUACUCACAAAUCCUAGAAGAAGCUAUGACACCACGUGUUGCCACUUGGAAACCGUUUUUUAUUGAACGGUGUACUCAGUGGUGCAUGUACAUUGAAACUGAAUUACUUGCACUUUCGGAUCAAGAGUGCGAUGAACAUCGACAAGCAGCCGAAACACAAUGUGAUAAUGCACGCGUUCCGGAAUUACCAGAACUACUCGACGCCGAACACCAGCUCAAUAGCAGACUUAUAAAAAACAUAUAUCUCAGUAACGAAAUGUACUGGACGGUGAUAUCCACGUAUGAGUUUCUUGCUCUGGCGUCGUCUUCUCGUCAGGAAACACUUAUCCAGGACGUUGCUCAAAAUGCUCAUGAAGCAGCAACGAUCGACGUCUUGGAUAUCAUGAUUUCGACACUUCGUGGAUGAUAAAUUCACGUCACGCACUCUCACACUGUAUAUAAACUAUACCGCCAUCAACGGCUCAUCAUGCAUCCCCUUAUACUUUCCCUCUUCAACAAAAGAACUACUUUGUACAUAGUCGCAUAGUAAUAAAAACAGCUGCUUGACAGCAUUCAAAUGAG